AUGAAGGCUGCUAUUAUUUCCUCUCUGCUUUUGGUCGCCGGCGGCGCUCUAGCUCAACCGGCAAAGCGAUCUGGACAGGACGUUACUUUUAGUGAAAUGGAAGCAAGCCUUAUCUUUGGAGCUGGGCUGUUGUCCUUCCAGCUCAGCGACCCAAACUACGGAUCCACAUCUCACUUCACCACUACCUGGAACAACCAAACGGCUCCAGCUAUUGCUGAGACCGACGACAAACUCUACACCGUUGAAAUCACGUCUGGCGCGGACACUAUCGAUCCUCUCGAGUUCACGGUUAAGCGUGUCGGAGCUACGGAGACCAUUGAGCUUAUUCUCAGCGAUGCGGGGUCUGGGAAGGUCUGGGGCUGCUAUCCAGUCUCGGGUGGACAGUUCUGCCAUGGAGCGCCUACUGAGAACUGGACCCCUUCCACUUCCUGA